CUUAACGAGUAACGUCACUCUUGCGCGCCGAAAGUCAUGUCUACAACAACACAGAUGGCGAACGGGAGAGCCGAGAAUAUGUUCCAAUCCGCGGUAAAACCAGUUUUAAAUGACCAAAAACACAUCGAAACAAGUCAUUGACAACAGUCAAGAUGGCUCGCGCUAGCCAUGUUGAAUAAACUUCUCUAUUCUCUGCCAUUCUCCGCUCACGCUAAUUACUUGUCGCUUUAACAACGUCACGUCUGCCCGUCGCUGAUUGGUCCACUCCACUGUCUGUUUGCUGUGGCUUGCUCCGCCCUCGGAAUUUGAUCCGCCGGACGGUCGCCAGACUCAAUCGCUGGAAGAGCGGUGAGUCUGGUAUACCAGGCAACUUGUAUAGCGUAAUCCAAUUUUUUUUUAUUUUAUUCCACGGACGGCAUGGAGGUUUCCCCAGCUGCUGCAGUUAUCUGAGUCUGACGAUGAUGAGUCAGGUCAAUGUGCGAAUGCACGCAGCAAAGCAAAAUGCCUGGAACCAUUUAUUCGUUCAACUGGCUGACAUACUGACAUGUGAUCAGCAGAGAUAGUUAGCUCUGAUUGGUUCAAAUGUGCAUGUUUUCUGGAAAGGCAAAAAAAACAAAAACAAUUGUUUAAUUGAUGCGACAAAAAGCCCAAAUCUUUAAGAGCAACGAAAGAGUUGAGGAGGCUUAUUUAUCAUAUUUAGUUUUAUUUCCUCUGAUAGGGAGGUUCAGAACAUCUUAGCUGUGAAUGUGCACUUUGGACUUAUAUAUUUUUUUCAUUUAUGUUAGGCCAAUUAUUCAUUUCCUUAUGAUAAAAAAAAUGUUUGUGCGAUCUUCUAAAUAUAUUCCAUUUCACUCUGCACAAUAUAAAUCAUUUGUACUUACUUCUCUGAAUGUAUGCAACUUAUGUCUUUAUUAUUAAAAAAAAAAAAAGUAAAUGUUUACAUUAACUUCAAUUUAAAUAUACAUCCAAUGUUCUUAAGUAGGUAAAGUUGAGAUUUGGCAUUUAAUAUGUGAGGAAAUGAGGGAAAAUAAAAAUUAGGAGAUGGAGGUUGGGGUUAUUGCUGUUUUUCUUUUAUUUAUUUUAUUUUGCAAAUCAUUGAAAAAAUACAAUUUUGAAUGAAAAUCCGUUUUUGUAUGUGUUAAAGAAAUAACGGUGCUAAAACAGUUUUCUUUGCAUUUACGUCGGGGAAUUCCGGCAAGAAAUUCUAGCCACUUUCACCCCUGGUUAGGAGUAUUGCACUAGUCUAAAUUCCAAGUUUGUGGAUAAGUUUAAUUCAUUGGCUGCCGCUGACAGCAAUAGACCCUACGCAUCUACGUCACAAAAUGACGUGUCGCUGUAUUCGGCCGCCAUAUUGUUCCUAUUUUUUAGACCUCAUUGUUUUCAAUUAGUCGUGCAAGUUAUAGAGCAAUUCAUGGAAGCCCCGGUGUUAUCUGACGCUGUGGAUUGAUGCGUUGAUGUGCAUUGGAUGCGUUGCAUAAAAGGCGUUAAGUGGAAAAGCUUCAGUUUAUCUAUUCGCCAGAUCAGUAUUUGAUGCCUAAAUCGAUGUUUUUCGACCCGCUGUCUUCGCCAUCUUUGCCUGACCCUGAUAUUUACAACUAUCUUGUCCACACAAAAUCAGCCUAUUCUCACGAAAGUUUGAAAAACUUUAAGAGCUUGGAGGCUUAUAAAUGCUACGUUGCUGGUUGGGUGAAACAGGUCCUCGUACACGAAAAUUCGGCAGGAAUCUUGUGCUCGGAAGGUGAGUUACGAAAUUUUCAAUUCAAAAUCUUUUGUUCUUGCUAACAUCCACUGUCAAGUCUAAUGUAUUUCAUGUCAUUUGUCAAUGGAGCUAGGGCUUUUAAUGUUUAUAUGGUUUAGCGAUAGGACUCUCACUACAUACAUAUAUAAUAUGUAAUAAAUAUGAAGUGCGAUAGCACUACUCCAGAUUGUCCCUAGUUGAAUUUAUUUUUUGGCUUUUGACCUCAAUAGUGAAAUUGUAAAUUAAUUGUAUGACAACUGUCUGAUUAUCCCCUUAUAAUUAUAUAUUUUCAGGUAGUUCAUUCACAACGUCUGAGUGUAUGUUGUCGGCGAUUAGCCUAGCAAUGAUCUUAAUUGUGGUUGUCAGCCCAAAACCCUCUAAAUAUAUAUUAAAUGCAUCUUACCAGAUAUAAAAUGACUACUACAUAAUCUGUGGUAGUCGUUUGGAGCCCAGUAUUCUCGUCGAAUUGCAGCAGUCAAUCUCGGUCUCCUCUCCGGGUCUCUCGGAAUACGGUAAAACUUCAAGUCUCUCCGUCUAUCUUCUCUGUUUUUGCAACCGACCGCCACACACGACUUCACCAUUUUGAUUAUUAAUGUUAACGAGCAGAAAAACACGCCAUAAUAGCAGGAAUUUACGAAGCGCUAAUGCAUUAACAUGACGAGUAUACGGACAACAUGGCGCGGGGGCGUGGCUGUGACGUCACGUGAGUAGGUUCUAUAGACGUCCCAUCCAUCUUUAAAUGGGAGGACUGAAAGAACCCAGUUCGAAACGGAUGGGACGCCAUGCGUUUUUUUGUUUGUUUGUUCUAAAUUCUGCAUAACAUUUUGCAGCACAUGGGCUGGUGGUGACCCUACCCACCGUUGAUGGAGUGAACACGCCCUUUUCAUGAAUAAUACUCAAGGAGGAGGAGGAAGGAGGAGGUGGUGAUGUCUCUUUAAGAAGUACUUCUGGAGCAACAAUCUCUCUCACACACAUACACACGCACAUACUAGUCAUCGGACCUGUCAAUCACCCCGGCGGCGCCCUUUGAUGUCGGGGGUCCUCGUCUUGUCCUGCUUACUCUUGCAGGAGAACAUCAGUCCUCCACCAGGCGGCCGCGGGGACGCCACGGAAUAACUUUUUCCCUCUUCUUCUGGACUUUUAAAGAGGACAACUCAGCAGAUUUGUCGUCUCUUUUUCGACUUUUCAUUGCUUUGAUCUUAUUGGACAGACUUACACGGGAACAAAAACUGUCCCUGGAAUCCCGCACGUCGACAUGCCUCAGCAUGGGGGGGACGACCUGGGAGCCACAGACGAGAUGAUCGCCUUCAAGGACGAAGGAGAGCAGGAGGAGAAGGUCCACCAGGAGUGCGCCUUCACCGAACAGGACCUGGCUGACCUCAAGUCGUCGCUGGUCAACGAGUCCGAGAUUCACCAACACAGCCCGGGCGGUCACGGCGCCUCCUCUACGGUGAGACGGGGGCAGCCCGAGCAACAGCGGGUCUUCCCGGACAAGCACAGGGAGCUCGACGCCGCGUCCAAGCAGCAAGACGUGUACAAGACAGCUGGGUACCCCGGGUACCCUUUCCUUAUGCUGCCGGACCCCUACCUCCCCAACGGCUCUGUGUCGCCAACGUCUAACAAAGUGUCUGUGGUGCAACAGUCCCACGGCAUGCAUCCGCUCACGACGCUGCUGCCCUACGGCAACGAGCAUUUCGGGAGCAGCCCUCCGCACCUUCCCGCCGACAUGAGCCAGAAGACUGGCGUUCACAGGCAUCAAUCACAGGACCUUUCAGGAUACUACCCUCUGCCUGCAGGUGGUGUUGGACAGAUCACGCCCUCUAUGGGAUGGCAGAAGCAGAGGGCAUAUCCUGCCUCUCUGCCCCAGAGCAGUUUCCGACCAUCUUUCCCCUCCGGCCUCCCAACUGCCUCGUCCUACUCCGGGUGCUGCAGCAGGUUCUCUCACUCUCUGGUGCUGGGCCCAUCCGGCAUGCACCCCACGGGUAUCCCGCACCCCGCCAUAGUGCCCCCUUCGGGCAAGCAGGAGCAUGAGCAUUAUGACAGGGGCAUGUACGUGAAGCCGCACUUGGAGGCCAAGCGGGAGAAGGAGCCCAAGAAGCCCGUCAUCAAGAAGCCUCUCAAUGCUUUCAUGCUCUACAUGAAGGAGAUGAGGGCCAAAGUCAUCGCAGAGUGCACACUCAAGGAGAGCGCCGCUAUCAACCAGAUACUCGGACGGAGGUGGCACGCGCUGACCCGCGAGGAGCAGGCGAAAUACUACGAGCUGGCGCGCAAGGAGAGACAACUGCACAUGCAACUGUACCCCACCUGGUCGGCACGAGACAACUACGAGGCGGCAGGCGAAAAGAAUAAAGCUGAUUGGGGAAAGAAGAAGAGGAGGAAAAGGGAGAAGCAGCAGGACUCCAAUGCAGAGCCAGGCUCCCCCAAGAAAUGUCGAGCUCGCUUUGGCCUCAAGCAGCAGACAGAUUGGUGCGGUCCCUGCAGGAGGAAGAAGAAGUGCGUUCGCUACCUUCAAGGAGGAGGCGACUGCGCGAGCCCAACUUGUUCACAUUUAAGCGCCGUCGACUCUACGCCGCCGCCCUCACGCGGACCCCACUUCCGCCCACAGCAUCGGCGCCCCUCUCGCCCCCCUCCAUACGCGGCCCUGGGCCGACAACACCAGCUGUCGGCCGCGUGACUCGGACGCCGCUCGCUUUCCUCGGCGUACGGGAGGGAAAAAAAUGAUUACUAAAUGUGCGUAGCAGGGAGAUGUGUGAUUCAUAAAAAGAAUAAAUAAAAACCUAACUUCAAAGUCCACACAAACACAAAUGUUAGCCUAAUAGCAUAAUCGCCUGUUACUUUUUUGGCCAAAGCAGAAGAAUCGUUCAAAUUGAUGUAAACCAAUUACGCCCUGAGGCUAACGAAAUAUUCUUUAAAAUACUUUUUCUAUUUGUAAGAAAUUAACUCAGCACAAAAAUUAUAUUAGUACAUUUUUGCAUGCAAACAGGAAACUUUUGUAGCUAAAAUGGACAUGAUCUUGUACAUGAAUACAUGUUUUCCUCGUUUCAGACGGGAAACAUUUUUUUGAAUAAAAAUAAAAGGAAAAUCUGGAGAGAAAAAGUCAUUCAAAGACAUCAAAGUUGUCUUUUUGUCUGUCAAAAAAUUCUUGAAAAAUGACAAAACAACUUUAUAUCAAAUAAAUAUUCCUGAGAAAUCUAUUUUUUAAUGGAAAAGAAACAAACUUUUCCAAAGCUACAAAAAAAAUAUUUUAUUAAUUUUAUUUGAACUCAAAAGUAAUCUGUUUCGUAUCCAUUUAUAUUAAAAAAAAAAAAAAAACAACAACAACAACAACAAAAAACUAUAUAAUAUACUAUGAAAUAAUUUCCUUUAACAAUAAAUAUAGUUUUGGGGCGGUCAAAAUUGCGAGAGGAAAAGUCACAUUUCCUACCAUUUAACAAGAACAAAUUAAAUUAUUUAAAUUGGUUUAUUGUGCAAAAAUUAAAUGAUAAUCAAAUACUGUAUGACUUUUUGGGGGUCGGGGGGUUAACAACUGUUACAAUAUGUACUGUAUAUUUGAUUAACUUUAUACUAUUGACUCUACAAUUGAUUUGACUGGUUGGAGCGCCCCGAGGUGGUUUGGCAUGCAUACGACAACCUCAAUGCAUAAUUUGUGUUUUGAAAAAACUAUUUUGUGUCUGUGUGGACUUUUGGAUUCUCUUCAUCUCUUGGCAUUUGAUCAAAUCUUACAACUAUUUUAGGCACUUUCACUCAUAAUUGUCGUAAUUUGUCUUAUUUACAAGUUUUGAAACAUUGGCGGCCGAACCUGGGAGGGAUUUUUUUUUCUUUUUGCUUUGUAAAACUAUCUCUGAGGUGACCAAAUGGGUACUAUUAUAUGUUGUAAAGGUUUUUUUUUAUAUAAAUGUUGGAAAGUUUCUGUAGUUAUGCUCAUCUUUUUUUAAGUUUGUUUUAAAAAAAAAAAAAAAUGAAAUUGAUCAAAAACAUUUUGUUGUGUGUGCACCAGAAAGCUUUAUUUUCAAGUGUUUUGUUCUUGUUGCAAGUUCUCAUUCCUUCAAUGUUGCUUUUUAACAUGCCACUC